GAUCCCGUGUCGUGUCCCCAGUGCUAGCGUGAGCGUGUUUGGUGUCUCUGCGGAAUCAAUGCAAUGUUCUUAUGACGAGAAAGGAAACAGUGUCCCAACCAUUCUAUUACUAAUGCAACAAAGACUCUAUUCUCAACAUGGUCUCAAGGCCGAAGGGAUCUUUAGGAUAAACCCUGAGAACAGCCAAGAGGAACAUGUGAGAGACCAACUGAACAGAGGUAUUGUUCCUGAGAACAUUGAUGUGCAUUGCUUGGCUGGUCUUAUCAAAGCUUGGUUCAGAGAGUUACCUUGUGGAGUUCUUGACGGUCUUUCUCCUGAGGAAGUUCUUAACUGCAACACAGAGGAAGACUCUGUUCAACUCAUCAAGCAGCUUAAGCCUACUGAGUCUGCUUUGCUCAGUUGGGCUGUUGAUCUUAUGGCUGAUGUUGUUGAGGAAGAAGAGUUUAACAAGAUGAACGCGAGGAAUAUAGCCAUGGUUUUUGCUCCUAACAUGACUCAGAUGACAGAUCCAUUAACGGCUCUUAUGCAUGCGGUUCAAGUGAUGAACUUGCUUAAGACACUCAUUACUAGAACACUAGCGGAACGUGAAGAAACCUCAAGCGGAUCAGAAGGGUAUUCACCAUCCCACUCGUCAAAUUCCCAAACUGAUUCUGACUCUGACAAUGCACAAGACAUGGAAGUCAGCUGUGAAUCACAAGGAACAGAUUCAGAAUCAGGAGGAGAAGAAGAAGGACAACAACAACAACAAGAACAUCUCAGCCACCGGUCUAUCCAAGAAGGUGAAAAUGAUAUUGGAUCAUUAAGCUCAGCAGAGAAAAGUUUCUUGGGCCAGCUCAACAACAACAAUGCUAGAGUUUCAAACACUAGUAUCUCUGAAGACUGGAGUCCAAAAUGCUCUCCAUUGGUAUCAUUUACAGAGGACAAAAACAACACUUUAGGCUCAGGGACAAGCGACUAAGAUGAAGCCUAUUACCUGUCUAAUUCAAGUCACAGCUUCCACGGGUUUGUUAGCUUUUCGUAUUUCUGCUUAAUCUGCAGGAAGAGACUGGUUCUGUCUAUAAAUCAAUACAGAGAUUAUUUUCCAAAUUUGUUAGGGUCUUUAGGGAUUGUUGGGUGCUGAGUCUGAUCAAGGGGUUCAGCAAGGGCUGAACCUGUCUGUUGACUGUUGUUGUAGUCCUUCUCCAUGUGUGUUGUGCUGUUUGGAUUUGUUGUAGCAAAGAUAAUCUGAUCUCUCCUUUUU